AUGUGUUCCUACGAAGAGGCCGAAAGCGUGUGCAAAUUUCUUCGUUCAAAAAUAAACAAAACACCGUUGGUCGCAAUUAUAUGUGGGUCUGGUCAUGGCGCUCUUGCUGAAGUAGUAAAGGAUCGCAUUGUUAUAAAAUACAGUGAAAUUAAAGAAUUUCCUCGGAGUACAGUUGCUGGACAUGCAGGAAACCUUGUAUUUGGAAACAUUGGUGACAAGUACGUAAUGGUGAUGCAAGGACGUUUUCAUCCCUAUGAAGGACAUUCACUGGCGAAGGUGACUCUUCCAAUACGCGUAAUGAAACUCUUGGGUGUUGAAUAUGUGUUUAUUACAAAUGCGGCUGGUAUUUUAAAUCCGAAAUAUAAUGUUGGAGAUCUCGUGAUUAUUAAAGAUCACAUUUGCAUUCCAGCCGUUAGCGGAAAUAAUCCGCUAGUUGGUCUAAACGAUGAAAGGUUUGGAGUUAGGUUUCCGACACUUGCUAAUGCAUAUACUAAGAGUCUAAGACAGCUGGCCUGGGGUGUCGGGAAAGAGAUGGAUAUUCUGAAUAUUUUGCAUGAGGGCAUUUACCACGCCGGAUCUGGUCCAGCCUACGAAACGCCUGCUGAACUAAGUGCAGCACGUUUGUGGGGCUGCGACUGUGCUGGAAUGAGCACAGCCCAGGAGACUAUCGUAGCCAAGCACGCGGGGCUAAAAGUGUUCGCUAUCUCGCUUAUGACCAAUCGCGUGGCUCUGGACAAUGAAAGUGAAGAAGUCGCCAACCACGAAGAAGUGCUUGAAGUUGCAACUCAACGGGCUGAUCUUGUGAAAACGUUCAUUAUGAAUAUGAAUGUCAUGGUGAUGCAAGGUCGCUUCCACGCCUACGAGGGCUACACCCAGCAACAGGUCACAGUGCCGAUUCGGGUGAUGCGUCUCAUGGGCUGCGAGUACCUGUUCGUCACCAACGCCACGGGCGGACUGCAUCCCAACUACGACGUCGGCGACAUCAUGGUGGUGAAGGACCACAUCAGCGUUCCCUCGUUGGCUGGCAUCAGUCCCCUGACUGGUCCCAACGAUGACAGAUUCGGACCGCGAUUUCCAGCACUGUCGUUGAUCUACACGAAGGAACUUCGAGAUCUGGCAUUGAGGGUGGGACGCGAGAUGGGCAUCGCGAAUCUGAUGCACGAAGGCGUCUACAUUUGCUGUUGCGGACCGAACUACGACACACCAGCUGAGGCUCGUGUACUCAGGCUUCUGGGUGCUGACGUGGCAGGCAUGAGUACAACGGCCGAGACCAUUGUGGCACACCACGCCGGCAUGAAGGUGCUCGCCUUGUCGCUGGUCAGCAAUCGGGAGAUCCUGGAGAACGACAGGGAACAGAAGGCCAAUCACGAGGACGUCCUCGAGACGAGUCUGCAGCGUGUUGAGACCAUGACCUCACUAAUCACCAGGGUGCUUGCUGCCCUCUAG